AAUCUUUUCGCUCGUUUCGAUUUCUCUGUUAAAUGCGCGCGAUACCCAUUUCGUUGUUUCUCUCGCUAUGUUAAUUUUUUUUUUCUUCUGUCAUUUCUUGCAAUCGUUCGAUGAAUCUUUGUUUCGAGAAUGUUGGUCGAUGGAACCUGUCGCCGUCGUAGUUACGGUCGCUUGUUUCUCCCUGUACAGAUACUUUGGUCGUCCUCCCUCUUGUCUCCCACUCAUCAGCAGGUCAGUUAUCUGUCGCUGCUGCCAAAAAUUUCAAUCUUUUUCCGUUGUCGGGGAUAUGAAUUUGAAGCAUUUAGUGUCCAGACGAACGAUCGAUAGUUUGUCUAGACUGAAUCAUGCGAGAACACUGUCGCGAAUUGCCUGUUCUCAAAGAAGCGUCUUUUGCGUCCAUUCGCGGGUGUCUCCUCCUAGACGCGAACCGUGUGGUGGUGGGAAGAAUGCUUCCUUCAAUGACCCGAAACGCCCCGGUUUUAGCGUCACCUUCGGUAGGAGCAUCCACGCUCUGCAAGAAGCUAAUGUGAUCGAUUCUGAGGAUGAUGAUGGGACCAUGAAUGAGUACUUGUCCCGUUUUGUCUGGAUUAUGCGCGGAAAGCUCGAUGAAGCUUACCCAGAUAGUGAUAAGCAGACGGUCAAUGGGAUGCUAUUGAUCAUUGUUGAGAACGUGGUGGCCGAGAUGGAAAAAGGUGGCCUGCAGAGUAAGACCAGCGGCGACGCAACCCUUCCUUCCCAAGAUUUCAGUGAGGAUUUGUGGAAAACAGUGUGGGAGGUCAGUAAUAAGGUUUUGGAGGAUAUGGAGAAAGAGAGGAAGAAGGAAAAGAUGAAGGGGUUUAUGCAAGAUGAAGAAGUUAAGGAAAUGUGUAGAUUUGCGGCCGAGGUGGGGAUUCGUGGGGAUAUGUUGAGAGAGCUGAGGUUCAAAUGGGCACAAGAGAAGAUGGAGGAGAAGGAAUUUUACCGGAGUUUGGAGCAUUUAAGAGAAGAAGCACUGAAAGAGGAAAAAGAAGACGCAGGGGACAGUGACAAGGCUGAAGCUAUUGGAGUGGAUAUUGCGGUUGGUGAUGGUAAACCUAAGGUUGUUUCUCUUCCAAAAAGACGUGGAAAGUUCAAUUACAAGAUAUAUGGACUCGAUCUUUCAGACCCAAAAUGGGCUGAAGUGGCUGACAAGAUCCAUCAGUCUGAGGAGAUCACUUGGCCGCGGGAAACUAAGCCAAUUUCUGGUAAAAGCAAGCUCGUGACUGAAAAGAUUCUUUCGAUGAAAGAUGAGGAUGACCCUUCCCCACUUUUGGCUGAAUGGGUGGAGCUUAUGCAACCUAAUAGGGUUGAUUGGACAGCUCUCCUCGAUAGACUGAAAGAACAAAAUCCGCGCAUGUAUUUAAAGGUAGCAGAACAUUUAUUGAAUGAAGAGUCUUUCCAAGCAAAUGUUCGCGAUUAUUCGAAGCUUAUUGAUGCCUAUGCUAAAGAUACCAGCCUCGAAGAUGCGGAGAGAAUCCUCGAGAAGAUGUAUGAAAAUGGUAUCCCACUAGAUAUUCUGACGGCUACCAUUCUUGUUCAAAUGCAUUGUAAGGCAGGGAAACUUGACCGAGCUCAGGAAGCAUUUGAAAGUUUAACGAAACAAGGCUUCCGACCAGAUGUGAAGGUCUACAACUCGAUGAUCAUGGCUUAUGCAAACGCUGGCAAGCCAGAGAUGGGUGAGCACUUAAUCAGAGAGAUGGAGGCGAGAGACAUGAAACCCUCAGAGGAGAUUUACAUGGCAUUGCUUAGGUCAUUUGCCCAAGAUGAUAAUGGUAAAGUUGCUGUUGAUGGAGCCAACAGAAUCACUACUACCAUGCAGUUUGCCGGGUUCCAGCCAAGUUUGGAGUCUUGCACAUUGCUUGUUGAGGCAUAUGGGCAGGCAAAAGACCCAGAUACGGCGAGAAGCAAUUUCGAUUACAUGAUAAAAUUGGGACACAAGCCUGAUGACAGGUGUACAGCUAGCAUGAUUGCGGCUUAUAUGAAGAAAAAUUAUCUGGAUAAGGCCUUGACUCUUCUAUUGCAACUGGAAAAGGAUGGUUUUGAACCUGGAGUCCAUACUUACGCAGUCCUUGUAGAUUGGUUGGGGAAGCUGCAAUUGAUUGAUGAAGCAGAGCAAGUAUUGGAUAAAAUAGCACUACAAGGCGAGGCUCCUCCUCUUAAGGUUCACAUAAGCCUCUGUGACAUGUACUCGAGGGCCGGCAUGGAAAAGAAGGCUCUUCAAACUCUUGGUGCUAUUGAGGCUAAGAAGGAGCAGUUGAAUUCGCAUGAUUUUGAAAGAGUUGUGAAUGGGCUUAUAGCCGGUGGCUUCAUUCAGGAAGCUCAGAGGAUGCGUGUGUUGAUGGAAACGCAGGGUUUUGCGCCACCAGAGUCGCUUCAGGUCGCUUUGUUGGCAUCUCAAACUUUUGGCCGCAAGAGACCCGGUUUAAGAUGAGAGCUGCUGGUGUCACUGGUGUAUCUCAAGUGUUUGGCCAGACGACGAAGCACGCUCAAGACUCCUUGUAAUGGCUGGAUUAGUUAGUUACCUGGGUUGAGUUGGACACUGAUGUCGUGAAAUGUAGCCAAUCAAACUGUGGAGUGUCCAUGAUAUCAAGAGCUCUACUUUGCUUGUAAUCUUUGCAGGAUUCACAUUUUAUUUUGCCUGUUUUGCUUCUUCCUUUCUGAUGGUCCAGUGAUUUAGUUGACAGGUUUUUGUGUUCGUAAUCAGGGCAGGUUGUUUUGGCAACACUAUCUUAUGGGGCUCAAAGUAGCUCACAUGUUGCGUCUCUUUAGGGAACAGAAAUAAUCGGAGUGAUACCUCUAGUCUCUAUACAAAUUCAUGCUUCAGCUUUUUGUGA